AUGAAGCUCUCCAACCCCGGCGCGGUCCCCGUCUAUACGAUUUCGGGGGCUGCCACGGCCCGGCCGUUGCCAGAUUGGCUUGCUCGCCGAAGAAAGCGCAGCCUCAAGGACGAUCCAGAGUAUCGCAGCCGUGUUGAGCUUCUGCAAGAUUUUGAGUUCGAGGAGGCCAGCAACUGCAUUCGAGUCAGCGAUGACGGGGAAUGGGCCAUGUCCACGGGCACAUACAAACCCCAGAUCCACGUCCAUAACCUGCCCCAGCUGUCGCUCUCAUUUACUCGCCAUACGAACGCCCUGAACCACUCCUUUGUCAUCCUCUCCAACGAUUAUUCCAAGUCCCUGCACCUGCAGACUGACCGACGACUCGAGUUUCACACGCCCAUGGGCCUUCACUACGAGGUGCGAAUACCGAGGUACGGCCGGGACCUGGUCUACGAUCGCCAUACCGCCGAGGCCCUUGUGCCCGCCGUUGGCCUCGAUGCCGACGGCAAGGGCGAGGUCUUUCGGAUGAACCUCGAGCUCGGGCGCUUCAUGAAGUCGUAUCAGGUGGACGUGGGCGGCGACGACGAGAACGGCGGCGGCUUACAAGGAGGCAUCGGAGUUGGGAGCGUCAACGUCGCCAAGAUUGCCGAAGAUACCCACAACCUGCUGGCCUUUGGAACUUCGAUCGGCACCGUCGAAUUUUGGGAUCCGCGCUCCAAGUCAAGGGUUGCUCUGCUUGCGGGUCACGACGGCGAGGUGACGGCUCUGGAUUUUGCUCCUUCCGGCUUGUCCUUGGCCACCGGUUCGUCGACCGGCAUGAUUCAGCUGUUUGAUCUGCGACGGCCUGUGCCGUUGCUGAAGAAGGAUCACGGUUACGGCUUUGCCGUCAAGAAGCUGAUCCACAUGACGACGUCGUCGCAAGAGAAAAAAGUCAUGUCGGCUGACAAACGCAUCAUCAAGAUUUGGGACGAGCUCUCAGCAGACCCGUGGACGUCGGUCGAGCCCGCCGUCGACAUCAACGACGUUGCGUGGUGCAAAAAUACUGGCAUGCUCCUUACGGCAAACGAGGGCAAGCAGCAGCAUGCCUUCUUCGUGCCACAGCUUGGCCCUGCGCCGAGAUGGUGUGCGUUCUUGGACAGCAUGGUGGAAGAGAUGGCCGAGGAGGUUCACACCGAGACAUACGACAACUACAAGUUCCUGACCUUGCCGGAGCUGAAGCAGCUCAGCCUCGCGCAUUUGGUUGGGAAGUCGAACCUCCUUCGCCCGUACAUGCAUGGCUAUUUUGUCGCCUCCAAGCUGUAUGAGCAAGCGAAGCUCAUCGCCAACCCUUACGCAUGGGAAGAAGAGAGGAUGAAGCGGGUCAAGGAAAAGGUUGAGAAGGAGCGCGUGAGCAGAAUUAGAGGCAACAAGAAGGUCAAGGUCAACCAGAAGCUAGUUGACAAGCUUCUCAAGAGGCAGGAGAACAGAGGCCAAGUCGACACCAAGGCUGGCCUUCUCGGCGACGAGCGUUUCAACCAGCUCUUCGAGGACGAGGAAUUCAAGGUCGACGAGACGAGCCGCGAGUUCCAGCUGCUCAACCCCAGCACCGUCGUGGACCCUGACGCCGCGCCGGUGCCGGCUGCUGUUCGAUAUCAGGCCAAGGAUUCAGAUGAUGAUUCGAGCGAUGACGAGCCUGCUCCUAUUCGCAAACCGGGCGAUGAAGUCGUCAUGCGCGUGCGGUCAUCGCAGACCGACGGCGCGCGCGUACGCGACACCGCUCUUGGCACCAGGGAGCAUAGGAAGGGCCGCGAAAAUAGGCAACGAAGCGAUGUUGUUGGAGAGCGACACGUCUCCUUUGUUCCUCAGUCGAGGAAGAAGAAGGAGGAGGAGGAGGAAGAGGCGCCAGCGCCGCCAAGGAGAAACACGGCCGGUCGGCGGAGUGCUAGCUCCAACACGUUCAGGAAGAUGUAG